GGUGCCCCCUUGCGGCUGAAGCCGAAGCGGCGGUGUCGGUGUGAGGCGCGGGCGGCAUGAGCAGGAGGCACCGCGGCGGCGGCUGAGGCCGCGGCGGGGCGGGACCGUUGCCGAGCUGAGGAGCCAGGAAGGAGCCAGAGAUGGCGGUGGUGGCGGCGGUUCCGGUGGCGGCGGCGGGUUCAAGCGGGCCGCCGCUCCUGGCCGCUUCCGUCCUCCUGCCGGCGCUGAUGCUCUUGCUGCUCCCGCCGCAGCCGCCUCACGCCGUGGAAGGCGCCGGCCUGACGGAGAACGUGAUCUGGGCGGUCAACGCGGGCGGGGAGGCCCAUGUGGACGUCCACGGCAUCCACUUCCGGAAGGACCCCCUCGAAGGACGGGUGGGACGAGGUGAGAACGUCCAGACGGGCCUGGUCAGCCUGUGGAACUCACUGCCACAGGAGUUGAGGGGGGAGGGGGGACGCGUAAUUCAAUAUCUCUCAUCACCACCACCAGGAAUAAUACACCUACACGUGAAGGAUUGUCCUUAGCAAUCAUAGUCUCUGCACCCACAUUUUAAUUUUUUUAAAAAGGACCUAAGGCAGCCAACUGACUAUAGCAGGGAAAGGGAUUCUCCCAUAGGUUUUGCACUACUGCCCCAAAAUGGGGAGUUGUAGCCCAAAACAUCUGGACCAACCCACCCCUUUCCUGGAAAAAGGUUGCCUUAGGUGGCUUCUGUUAAAAGCAGCAGGGAGAAAUGGGGUGGUUUGUUGGGUGUAAUAAUAAAAUGCAGCUUUCAUGCGCAGGGGUAGGAUGCCUGAUGUGGUAGCGGUGAGAACAACUAUGGCGUCCUGCAUACCAGCUCUUAGAGCAUUUGUUGCAGACACUGGGUGCUAGGUGGUCAUCAACCUUUUUUUUGACUCUGCACCCACCUUUAAUCUGGACACUUGUUUGGGGGCCCAUUUCUUAAUUUUCUACAGUAUAUUUCUAUGGUGGAAGUGCUGCUGCUGUGACUCACCUUGGAUCAGGCUGUGACCAGGUAGGGUCACAACCCACCAGUUGAAGACAGAUGAGGGUAGAGGCUUAUAAAGUUAUGCAUGGUGCAUAUAGUUGUUUUUCUUGUUUGGUGCUAGAAUUCAGAGUUGUCAAUGGAGGCUAUUGGCAGAUAGGUUCAGGAUUAGAAGGAGCACUUCUUCAUAUAGCACAUAAUGUGGACUUUGACAAUUUGGUGCCCUCCAGUUCUUUGGGGUUGAUGGGCAUUGUAGUCCCAAUCAGCACAUCCGUGUAUGAUGCUGAGGCUGGUGGAAGUUUUAGCUUAAAACGACUAGGUUGAGGAAGGCUGCUAUAAUGGAACUUGCAGUUGUUAGAAGGAAUGGCAUAGCCAGCCACUAGGUGGUUUUGUGUAGGCAACUUCAUGGAUUAAGAUAAAUCUUAUCAAUUGCUGCUUGCCAUGUUAACUACGUGGAACUAUAUGCAGAGGCAGCACAUCUGUGAAUGUGAUGCAACUAGAGUGGCUCCUUUGGAGAUAGAAUGCUGAACUAAGGGGGCUUUGGUCUGGUUCAGCAGGGCAAUUCUUUAUAUUAUUACUCCAACAAGUCUGCUGCUGCUUCCUUUCCUAAGAGUCCUUUCCACUGGAAUUAUAAAGCCAUGCUCUUGUUUAGCUCCAGAUUGACUGAGCUGGAUUAAUGUCAUUAGUAGCAGUAAGAUGCCAUGUGGAAUGUUCAUGCCUGCUAACAUGAAUUGGAAGCACUAACUGAGAAAGAAACUACCCUGCUCUUAACAACAAAACUCUGGCUAAAGUGGGUUAUGUGACCCUAUAGUUACUGUAUGAUGCAAUAGUGGUUAAUAAUAGUUUGAAGCUGGUGUAGCAGCUGAGAUGGUAGCCUGGAAAGUCCCCAGUUCAAAUAUUACCCCAGCAGUGAACUCCCUGGGUUGCUUUAGGCAAGCUAUUCUCUGAUGCACAGCCAGUCUCUUACCCCACCCACUGAGGUGCAAACUUGGGACAAUGGCCUACCUUGCACGUUGUUCUGAUGGUUCUGAGAGAAUGUAGGCAAAAUGCUUAGAACACUCUAAAACACUAGAGUCAAUUGCAAAAAAAAUCAUAUUAUUUGCCAUAUAAAUUCUAGUUUUCUUUAUGCUAGAAUAAAGUAUUGUCUGCUUUUAUUUUUUUACUUGUUGAAAGCAUUCUUACCCCCUAUCCCCCAAUUUUCAGCUUUAAAAAGCCCUCAGAGCAUCUUACAAAUCAGUUUAAAAAAGAGAGAAUCCCUGUCCUCAGGGGUGGUUUUUUUUUGUUCUCUGGGCUCCUGCCUUGUCUCCUGGGCAAGUUGUCUUUUUGUCCCACAUUCCACUUCUCCUGCACCCAUAUUUGCAUUCACAGAACCCCACCAUAUUUCCUAUGCUAUCAUCAUGUCAACUCUCCUUUCUUUAGAAGUAGAAAUUCAAAGCAGCACAAUAUUAUUCCACCUUGCCACUCUCUUGAGCUAUAAAAUGCUUAGGGUAACCCAUCUCCUGUGACCUUGAAAGGUUGCUCCCACUGUCCCUCCUGUUUGCUGCAAUGGCCUGCUUCCCUUCGUUCUGCUCUUCCUUCACCCAGGACUGAGCCAGCUUCUGUCUCUUUUGCUCCACACAACCACUCCAUUUGUGUCCUCUUUUCACCCAGAUCCCUUUCUAAAUGCACACUGCAUUGGCCUCUCUUGCGGCUGGACUUUGUCCCUUCAGGGGCUGUCCCCCUUUCCCUUAUAAUCCGCAUAGCUAGCUUAUGAACAGGGAACAGCAAACAUGGGGAACUGGACACUUAAUGAGCAUGUGGUCUGUUCCCAUUUUGGUUGGUGCACGACACAGGGUGGGGUGGGUUUCUGUAGAGAUGGGUGGGGUGACUGCUGACUCUUGCUAAAAUGAGUUCCACGAAGGUUCCAGGUGCUUUUCUUGGGAACCGUUUGUGGUUACUGUAAGCCGGAAGCUGCUUAUUAUCAGACUCAUAGCUGCUUGUGUUACAAGACGGCCCCAACCAUUUUUUUCCUUUUUAUUUACAUAUUCACUGUUAACCUUCUCCUUCCUUCUGUGCUGUGCUGAUCCUUUCAGGUGUUGGAGGACAGCAUAUGUUAAGUCAUUGCUCAGCUUCUUAAAGAGAGCCCCUUGUGUUCGCUGUCAUUUACCCAGAAGUUCACUAUCCUUCCAGGCUAAUUUCACCAAGGUGGAUGUGUGUGUUGCUUUCUCUCUCGCUUGGCUGCAGUUUUUCUUCUUACAUCUAAUCCAAACUCUUGGCUUACGCUGGCUGCUGGCGUCUGUGCCUGCUAAUUGUCAGGUAGCCAGCCAAAUCUAGGCUGAGAGGCAAACUUCUGCAAGGAGAUUUCAAGUGUAUAAAGGACUUUGCCACAAAACUGCAGUGCACAGUUGUACACUUCCGUCUUGUUGGGGUGGGGAGGCAUGCUGGGGAAAACGUCUUAACAGACUCCAUGAUUGUGCAAUACAGGUUGUAAGCUGCAGUCAUGUUUCUAGUCUACCAUGCAUUCUAGUCUUGCUCAAUAUCUUGCUUAGCAGAGGGUGGAAAUUUCAAGGAAGCACAUUUGGAUGAAAUGUUAGGAGACACUUGCUAAUGAUUAGAGCUGUUUGACAAUGGAAUAGGCUGCCUUGGCAGAUGGCAGGCUCUCUGUAAGCAGAGGUGGGAUGGUUCUCUGAGGUGUUGUAAGAUUCCUGUACUGGGUAUUGGGGUUGGACUAGAUUACCUUUAGAAUCACUUUCCAAAUUUAAAGUUCUAGGAUGUGGUUUUGAAGUAUAUCCCUUUCUUGUAAUCAUGUUGCAGAAGCUUCUUGUCUUCUUGUUUCAAAUAUUCUUAGCACCAUUGUACCAAGUAAAAAUCCAGAUUUCUCACUCAGAGCCAUGCCAAGUUAGUACAAAUAUUGCUUACCUUGAAUAGUUAAGUGUCACUGCACUGAAGUGUUGCUAAAGAUUUAUUUUUUCUGCGAGUAUAACCUGCCUCCUCCCUUUCAAAUUGCUCUGUUCGGCAAGAAAUGAGGACUAAAAACAAUUUCUUUUACAAGCAAGAGCAAUUCUGAUUGCUGCACCUCAAAAGUUAUUGUAGGACUGGAAUAGGUUCAGAAAAGAGAAAACAAAAUGAUCAAGGCUGGAACAACCCCUCCUACAUGAGGAAGGUUACAUUGGUUGGAGCAUUAACUUUAGAAAGAAAAUAUAGUGAGGGCAUUAAAAAGUUUUGCAUGGUAUGGAGAAAGUGGACAAGGAUAACUUUGCCUCCCACUCUCAUAAUACUAGAACUCAGAGCCAUUCACUGAAGCUGAAUGUUGAAAGCCUCAGGACAGAGAAAAGAAAGUACUUCUUCACACGGUGCAUAGUUAAACUCUGGGAUUUGCUCUCACUAGAUGUAGUGAUGGCCACCAACCUGGAUGGCUUUAAAAGGGUUUUAGACAAAGUCAUGGACGACAAAGGCUAUCCAUGUGUACUGGCCACAAUGCCUAUGCUCUGCCUCCAGUGCUGCUGGAAGUCACAAGUAGGUAGAGUGCUCUUGCACUCAUAUCCUGAUUAUGAGCUUUCCAGAGGAGGCAUGUGUUUGUCCAAUGUGGGAACAGAGUGAUGAACUCGGUAGACCUUUGAUCUGAUCCACCGGGCACUCUUUAUGUUCAUUGGAGUAAAGUACUCCCUUGCUUAACUUGUAGCGUGGGUCUGUGACAAAUGUCGCACACUCUCUCUCUAGGCUUUUGAUAGGGACUCUUCUUUUGCUCUUUAGAUCAGGGUGUGUAUGUACUAUAAAAUUUGCUGCUUGCUUAUAUUGUAGCUUUGCUGUCCGAAGCAGCAUCUGUAUAUUCUGCAACGUUCAUUUCAUGCAAUAAGCCAAACUAUUCCUUUUGCCAGAUAAUUUCUUGUGGGUAUAAGGUUAUGGGCAAACACAUAUUCAUAACAAACACACAUUGUAACUAUAGCAAAAGGUCCUAAACCUCUUGGUAGUGUUUGCAGGAGUACACAUAAGUGCAGGACAUCCAUGUGGGUUCAGACACACCUUGUCACACUGGUUCUGAGCACAGCCUUCCUGGUAGCUAAAAUAGCCAAACCAACAACACAUCUGUUUCCAAAGUGCUAUGAGGUGGGUGGGAAGGAAGGAACAGACUGUCAGUGAACUCAGGACCAUUGGUGUCACUGUGCUCAGGCAGGUGUUUGAAGUGGCAUAGGGCUAGACCGCAUGUAAACCUCCUUCAAAGCUCCAUCAAAGGUGGGGCUGGCGGCAGUUUCCUCCUGUAUUUACAGCUGCAGAGAGGGGUUUGACUCUGUACUCAAAUCUGUAGUCCAGCAGAAACACAGAACUCAUACAUUAACCAGUCUUUAUUCUGAAAGAAAAGUCGAGAGAGGAAUUGGCCUGUUUUUCUUGUGGGUGAUCCACUCAUCCCCACCGUUUGCAGUUUGACCAUUUCCCCCUCCCCAAACUAUGCUACUCAUUGCUAACAAAAGCAAGGAGGUAGUGAUGGUUUUAAUUUUCUAUCAUUCAUACAGGCUUUCUUUGGAAGAGCUAUGUUUGGCUGCUUCUAGAAGUAUUUCUCUAUGAGUCCACAGCUGUUCUAGCUGCUCGGCUUGUAUGCACACUGCAGUUCGCAGCAGGCCUUUCUCAAACUGCUGAUAGUUGAGGCAUCCCCCCCACCCUGGAAAGCAUUACUUUUAGAAGGAAACAAUACACACUUUCAUAACCCUCAGAAGAGCCCAAGCUCUGUGUUACUUGGCUCAUGCAGAGGUGCAGUGGGCAGCCUCCCCUGAAGGAGUUGUUUGUGGUGUUUCUGCACUCGGGAGUCUUUGGAUUGUUCAGUCACUCCCAUAUAGCCGAGUGGUCCAGCCAUCAGAAAAGGCUGAUAGAAAGGAAAGCAGAUUGGAGCAGCUGAUCUGGCAGGUGCCCAGCAGUAAUUUCUAGGGGUAGUGUGUUGGUAGCCCUUAAAUUUGAUUAUGAAAAUUGCAAAGACUUCUGUGGAAGCUUAACAAACUUCAUGCUUCUGCUUGGUCGUGGUAACGUAGGCCCAGGGACCUGAUCAUGAAAACGUGGGUAGUCCAAUAUCAUUUCUUCAAGAUACAUGGAAUUCCCCUAAAGUACAGCUACCUUGGGCCCUGUAACACUGUGCAUAAAAGCUUUUACUUCCUGGUGGUUCUCCCCACACCCUGCCCCAAAUUCAGUGAGAGAGACUAGUUGCUUCUGGCAUGUAGAGCAAGACUCCAGUGCCCUGCAAAACUGUGAAGUGACUCUGUGGUCUUGUGUCAGAGGUCUGCUUGGAACACAAAAGCUGCUCAAAGAUCAUCUUCUUGAAAGAGGAACAUGUAGAGGGGAUUAUCAUUGCUGACUCAGACCCAACUGAAAGCUCAGCAAGUGGUCCCCAAAGAGGACCGGUUCACCUAUGUGUUUGUCACUUGUGGAUCGCAGCAUCAAGUGUCUCUUUCAUGUGAGAGUUUGUCAGAACUUCCACCCAAGGAGUUCAUUUGUGUUCAUCGCUAUCAUUUCAGAUAGUGACAUCUAGAAAUGAGAAAUUAAGGCAUGUAUGUGCAUGUGUGUCAUAGUUCAGGGGUGGGGAUUUCUUUCAAAUUUCAUGGUCCAGGGCCAAAUUUCUUUGUGAGCAAACUUGGCGUCGGGGGGGGGGGGGUAUGCUAGUGGCUGGCAGAACCAGAGGCAAAAGUGGGCAGGCUGUAUUCCAUCCAUGCAAAAGUCAAUGGUUUCUGCACACUUACACCUCCAUAUCCAGGUAAGCAAGAGGCAUUGUUAGAGCACAAGGAUACAUUCCACCCAGGUAAAAACCCUGAAGGUGCAGAGCAGGACAUGGAGAGAGCCCUGAGGGCCAGGCAGAGAGACACAGGGCCACAUUUAGCCAAUGGGCCUGAGGUUCCCCACCCCUGCUGUAGUCUUUCUCACAGAGUGUUCCAGGCACCUGAUCUGCCCCCUGAUCUAGGACUUUGCCCUUAAAAUGCUGAGUUUGGGUGAGGAGCUCUUGGUAGGGACAGGUGUGUAGCCAGAAGUGUGGGAAGGGGGGAGGGAUUACGGAACAGAGGUAAACUCCAGCAAGUAUUUUGAGAGUGUUGCCAUUUAUUUUUGGAAUUCAGCCUCCGAUUAUGGCAUGAAACUGCCGAUCUUGCGAUCCAACCCAGAGGAUCAGAUUCUCUACCAGACGGAACGCUACAAUGAGGAAACCUUUGGCUAUGAGGUCCCCAUCAAGGAGGAAGGAGACUACGUUCUUGUGCUGAAGUUUGCUGAAGUCUAUUUUGCACAGUCCCAGCAGAAGGUAAAACAAAAAAGUACUUUGUUCUGGAAGGACUCCCUUGAGUAACACCCAUCAGUGGUUGGGUCAAGUGCCAGAGGCCUGCUGCUUUUGCCAUAUGAGUAUGUGGGACUCAAGCAUGCACACCUUUCACGACAUGGGAGUGCUUGCCUUCACUCUUCCAGCAUACAACAGAACUCAUGUCCCCCCCCCCCCGCCCCAAAAUGAAGUAUCCUGGAGUCACACACACAGAUGCUCUCUCGGCGGGGGGUGGGGGGUGGACCAGGACCUAUCAGCACCAUUUCUGCUGGUGGAAGUCACUGUUACCAGUUGGUUAACUGACCUUUGUCAUGGGAAUAUAGGAAGUUACUUUCUUAUGACCCAGGCCAUUUAGUUCAUUAGCAUGUACCCUGACUGGCCACAGCUCUCCUGAGCUUCAGACAGGGGUCUCUCCCAGACCGCCCUGGAGGCACCAUAGAUUGAACCAGGAACUUUCUACAUUCAAAGCAGAUGCUCUACCACUGAGCCAAGACCCUUCCUAUACAGUGUCAUCCAUUGCACUAGAGAUCAAAAGACAACCGUGUGUCCUUCCAGCUCUGAAAUAUGUUUUUGCUGCUGCUCUUUCCAGUCGGUUGUAUUGACAGGUUGUGGUUAUAGAAUUGUAGAGUUGGAAGGGACUACGAGGAUCAUCUAGUCCAACCCCUGCAAUGCAGGAAUCUUUUUGGCACUUGAACCCACGACCCCAUGACCCUGGGGCAGCCCUCUCACCCAACCCCCCUGGCUGCUAGAGGCCCUACCACUGAGUUCAGGCCCUUUCCCAUAAAAUAGAGACCUAUUUUACAAGCAAAACCAAAAGUUGCUUGUCUUCUUUAUUUGACCAGCUAAGGAAAUUGCUUUUCUGCCAAUAGAUGAGUUCCAGGUCUUGGCACAAACACACUCCUCCAGCUGAGAUACAAAAUCAGCCAGGCAGCAUCUCUCUUAGUUCAAUGACUGUUGGUAGCAUCACAUGUAGGCUUUUUUUGUUACACAGGAUUUUUCACUGGGCAGUAUGGAAAGACAUGGGAGAGACCCCUGCUUCCAUCCUCCCUAAGAAGUUUGUGUGAACUUGAAAAUUUGUAUGCUGCUACACCUUGAAAGAUGUCAGUUAGGCCUCUCUCCUGGCCCUGCACAGUAGCAAGGUCAGGAUGAUUUUCCUGCAUCGGCGUUCCUCCAAUCCAUAGCUUGUUGUCCUCCCAUCUUUGCUCCUAAUCUGACUUCUACUCUGCAAGAGGCCUCAUUCCUUUGCCAUAUUUCUUUCCAAAGGUUUUUGAUGUGCGCUUGAAUGGCCAUGUGGUGGUGAAGGACUUGGACAUUUUCGACCGAGUCGGACACAGCACAGCGCAUGAUGAGAUUAUUCCAAUUGGCAUCAAGAAAGGGAAGCUGAGCGUCCAGGGAGAGGUCUCAACUUUCACAGGGAAACUCAACAUUGAGUUUGUCAAGGUAAGAAAAGGCCAUUGCUCACAAGUGGCUUCUCUCUCUCUCUCUCUCUCUCUCUCUCUCUCUCUCUCACACACACACACACACACACACACACACACAAGGUAUGGAUUAGGAAGGUUCACUCAUUCCCUGGCCCAACUAUCCCCAGGAGGAGGCUUAGGCAAGAGCAGGUUUGAUUCGCAGUGAUGAUGGGUUUCGUCACGUUCUUGAUCCAGCCUCCCUUUAUUCAGGUAAAGGGCUACUAUUCAUGCCUUUUGAGAAAGGUCAAGUGCUGAACAUGGAGAAAUGUUUGUAGGGAGGUCAGAUCUGACGCAGUCUCUGCUGGCAAAGGUCCUGAACAUAAGAAGAGCCUGCUCAAUCAGGCCAAGGGCCCAUGUAGUCCAGUGACCUAUUCUCACAAUGGCCAACUUAUAUUAAACCCCCUAUGUCUAUGCCUAUGUUGAACCCCCAAGCAGGAUUUGAAGCAAGGGCUGCAAUAGGACUGCACCCCCAAGCUGUGUGGGCAAUCUUUCCCUUGACAUACUUCCCUUCCUAUGUCUGAGAGAAAAAUAUCCCUCUUUUAAAAGAUCAGAAAUCCUAUUGACAAUGGCAUGAUGUCAGUGAGUAAGCAAAUUUCCACAACAUUUGGACUAUCCAAAAUAGUCUUCCAGGGCCAGAUUAACAGAGAUUUAAGGAAUUUCACCCCUUUCCCAGAUGGAUUAAAAAGAAAACAAAAACAAAAAAGUAAAAUGUCUUAAUAAAAUGUGUUGACAUUAAGUGUCCUUACAUAACUUGGUUUACAAUUAUAUCUACAUGGAAUACAAGCAUGACAUGGAAGUAAAUCUUCAUAUGUUUGCUUGGAGUAUUUGUGCUCAUCUACUAACCAGAGUUCUCAAGGUGGCUUUCAAUAUGUGUUUUAAAAUACAACUAAACAAGCAAGAGGUACAGAGAUGUGUACAGGUUUUGCUCUUGGAUAUUCCACUUUCCGCUUUGCUGAAUUAUUUUGGGCCACGGCAGAUAUCAGAUGAAAUGGCUACUCUAUUUACUUCCAUGUUGUGGAAAUGGACUGUCCUGCUCAGUAACUGCCAGUUUGUGUGUCUAGGAGCUUCUGAGCACUGAGCCUUCAUGGCUCGCUCUUCAGAGCCUUACAUGUACAUAGAGAACCGAAUAGUUGCCCUGAGGCUGCGGAAGCCAAGAGAAGCAACCCAUGACUGCAGCUGUUAGGCAGUACAGGGGCCUAGGACUACUGGAAAGUUCUUUGUGUACACACACACACACACACACACACACACACACACAUCUGGCUCCUAGAUAGAGCAUCACAAGGGGGAAACAAUUCAACCAUUCUGGCUCCAUUCCACUAGCCAGGGAAGCAGCAUUCACCCCUGCCAAAAAGAAACACUGCCUGUAAUAUUUGGAUUGCAAAAAUGAAGAGAAACAUGUUCUUGCCUCUGGCACCAUCAGGAACCACAGCACCCCUUUCAGUACCCAUCAGCAAGGAGAGAUCAGCCUGGCUAUAAAUGCCUGCCUGCAUCUCAUCACUUUGUUCUGACAUUGUCCAGCUGGUCUCCAUCCUCUAUUUUCCCCCUCCACAUCCCUUUCCUUGGAUGUCUUGUCUCCCCCACCCCCUGUAAACCCAUGUUGACCAAAGCUUCUGUAUAUUACAGAAGGCACAUGGAUUGCAUGCCCAGAGGUUUUUGGCUCUGCAUAGCUGCAAAUAGAAACAUUUUAUGUGUAUCUAGUAAUCACAUGAAUUUGCACAUGAAUUUGUCUGUUAAAUCUUUGAAUGAGUAAGUUGAAAACUUGAUAUAGAUCAGUGCUUUUUUAUUACAGUAGUACCUUGGUUCUCAAACUUAAUCCGUUUCGGAAGUCUGUUCCAAAACCAAAGCAUUCCAAAACCAAGGUGCGCUUUUCCAUAGAAAGUAAUGCAGACGUUUAAAAACAAUCCCUAAAACAGCAAUUUAACAUGAAUUUUACUAUCUAACAAGAUCAUUGAUCAAUAAAAUGAAAACAAUAAUCAAUGUACAUGAUAAAAAUUAUUACUUUUUCUUACCAGCACUGAUGAUAGUCAUUGUUUGGAUGGGGGGCUUUUAUCCAUUUCAGCAGUCACAAUCAAUCAAUCAAUCAAUCAAUCAUAAAACGAAGAACAAACCACAGUCACAAAAACAAAAAAGCCACAAAAACGCAAAAAAGAUUAGCAAAAACUAAAACACCAAAUAUAAGCUCCAAAUACCACCUCAGAACACUGCAAUUGGAAAUGGAAGGUUUUGAUUACGGGGGGGAGGGGGGACACAAAUUAGCAGCCCAACCGUGAAAAUGGGAGGGAAAAGGCUUUGAUUACAAUGGGGGGACGCAAAUUAGCAGUGCAACAGUGAAAACGGAAGCUCAGGAGCACAUUCAGCUUCUGAAGAAAAGUUUGCAAACCAGAACACUGAAUUCCAGGUUUGCAGCAUUCAAGUUCCAAGUUGGUCGGGAACUGUGCUGUUCAAAAACCGAGGUACCACCGUACUUUAAAUCAGUGGUUUAUUGGAAGUGUUACUGAAUUUGGGAACCCUUGCCUUCCUCAAAUUUGAAUGUUCCCCUAAUAUUCAAACUUGGAUUCCCCCUCCCUUUUUUGCCAUUCAGACCCAUAGAUUUCAAAUACUUUAAACUUAACUUUGUUUUUGUUGUAAAUAAAGGUCUAAUUUUUAAAGGAACUGAUGACUUCAAACUGUUUUUUUAUCUUAUUUAGUCAUUCAUUCAUUUCAAGUAUUUAUAUACCACUCAAUAUUCAGAAUUUCUAAAACUGGUAUGGUUUAUAUGAAUCAGCAUUGUAGACAAUUUUGGAGUAGCUGACAGAGAAUGAAGCUCAUCUCUGCUUCCUUCUUUCUUUACAGGGGUACUAUGAUAAUCCAAAAGUCUGUGCACUAUACGUCCUCCGGGGAACAGUGGACGGUAAGUUUAUUUCUUAUAACCCCUCCAAUUUUAACCUCCUCCUGGUCACCAGUUGCCUUUUCUGUUACUGCAGUCAAAAAGUUUGCUCAAGUAAGACCCUAUUCCUCCCUUAGACCCCAUUCUAUGACACCCUCAUAGGAACAAAGGAAAGCUUCAACUUGCCCCUGGUAGAGGUUCUCAGUACAGUGGUGCCUCGCAAGACGAAAUUAAUCCGUUCCGCGAGUCUCUUCGUCUUGCGGUUUUUUCGUCUUGCGAAGCACGGCUAUUAGCGGCUGUUAACGGCUUAGCGGCUUUAAGAAAAAGGAAACAAACUCGCAAGAACUCGCAAGACGUUUCGUCUUGCGAAGCAAGCCCAUGGGGAAAUUCGUUUUGCAGAAUGACUCAAAAAACGGAAAACUCUUUCGUCUUGCGCGUUUUUCGUCUUGCGAGGCAUUCAUCUUGCGAGGUACCACUGUAUUCUGAGUAUCUGUGUCUGGGGAGCAACAGUGGGAGAGAGCUUUUGCUGUUGGGCUUUCCAAGAGGUAUCUGGAUGGCUAUUGUGGAGAAAUUAGUCCGGCAUCUGGUAGGCGUUUUGAUGUGGUCCAGCAUGGCUCUUCUGCAUCCUUGUGGAUCUUGCAGGACAUUCUCUGAUUUGGACCAAUUUCCAUCUGUGCAUCUCUGUACAGACACCCACAUUAGACAAAUGUUGCACCAACAAACAGAGAUCUCUCUGCUUAGAAUAAAUGAUGUGUGGCAACAUUCUUACUAAAUGUGAAUUUAUUUGGCAGCAUUCAUGAAUAUUUGGUAUGUUUGGUACAAAUAUGAACCUUGAAUUCUACUGUGGAAUAUAUUUUACACCACUCAUUCUUCUUUAAUCUUUCUCUAAUUAUUAUGAUUAUUAUUUUAUUGUCUUGUGGUUUUAUUUUUCCUGUUUCAAAGACUUUUUUUUUUUAAGCAAGCAAUAUACUGAAGACCAAAUGUUUUUAAAUGGAAAAAAUUAAAAGAACGCUAAUUAAUUUGCAGGAUUUACAUGCAAAGUCAGUGUCGGGUAGUAAUUAAUCCCCAAUAAGCUCGCUAUAUGAAGAGUCUCAAAAGUCUCUCUUGCUAAUUAUGUGUUCUUUUAAUGUUUAAAAAAGUAUUAAACUUCAAAAAAGAGAAAAGAUUAAAUGAUAUGGUUCAGUGUUAACCAGUUUGGAUGGCAAAACUUCAGUUUUUGCCAAAUUUGGAAUAAUUUUGGGAAACAGAGUGGUUUUCCUGAAGUCGGAGAAGGUUUUUCUAGGACACUCCAGUUGGCUUUGUUCUGCGUACAUCACAGACCCUGGCAUUUCUCCUUCUCUUCCCUCCCACAGAUGUCCCAAAGCUACAGCCCCACCCCGGCCUGGAGAAGAAAGAAGAGGAGGAAGACGAAGAGGAGUAUGAAGAAGGCUCCAGCACUAAAAAGCAGACCAAUAAGAACCGGGUCCAGUCAGGCCCCCGCACACCAAACCCCUAUGCCUCGGACAACAGCAGCCUCAUGUUCCCUAUAUUAGUGGCCUUUGGUGUCUUCAUUCCUACCCUCUUCUGCCUGUGCAGGUUGUGAAGGACGAGACUGCAAGGCCAGUGGCAGGCCAGAGGGGAGGAGUUGGACCAAGCGCGGAGGCUGUUUCGGUUUCUCAUAAUUUAAGGAAAAUUUUAAAAGGUUUGUUAAGGAGCAGCAGGUACAAUAAAGGGCAAGUUUGCAUCAUCCUCUUUGAGGAAGGCAGCCUUCACCUACCCACCCUCGCAGCAACUGCCGCCUCCUUGAGCCACCCAGCUGCACCAUGAGCCGCCACCUUUCUGGUCCAGAGAAUCUUGAAAGCAAAGCCUGGGUAGUUCUGGCUCUAAGAUGCAGAUGAACUAUCUUCCCAGCGAACAGCAGGAUGGAGGGGCAAGGGCGAGCAGCAGGGAGAACGAACAGGGAGGGGCACGUCUCCAAAUGUUGGCAUGAAGAAGCAGACUUUGCCAUCACACAGCCUUGGCUGGAAUAAUCCACGUUUGUGCUAGGACUGCUUGCGGGGGUGGGGAAAAUAGGCUGGCUUUUUGACUCCUGCUGAAAUGUUUGUAACUCAACCCAUGGUACUUCUUUUCUUUUCUGAAAGAGAGAGAGGCUCCCCCUUGCUGUUUGGGUAGAAAGGCUUUUGGUGACUGGAGCAGGAUGAACAGGUUGGUCUUGUUCAGCUGCCCUGCCUGGGAGAAAUGUUUUUUCCAUGGUCACUGCAGCUUCUGACCGGCCACUCUGGAAAGGCUUAAGCCUCCAGAGGGCAGUUUCGAGAAAAGAAACAGAACCCUUUGUUUGUCCCUGAAUGGUUCCCACUUCCCAUUUGCUUGUCCUUGGGGGAUUUCCUCUAAUGCCCCAUCAAUUGUUGCUUUAAAUGUCCCUCUAUUCUAAUGCACGUGCGUGCACACACGCGUACACACACACCUGUUUUGACACUCAGGACCCCUUUCCAUUCUGCAUGUCCCUGAUGAGAACUUGGUAUGUAAAGAUUGGAGUUCUGGCAAAGAUUUAGGAUCUUUUUGAUUUCCUUGGUGGCCUUUUAAUCUCCCUUGUUCCAGGAGACCUACCACCUUUUGAGCUGAAGAAGGCAUUUUUUCAUUUGUUUUUAGGAGCACCAGCGCAGGGAGACCUCUGUCACAACUUGUCUCCAUGCCCCUGGACCUCCUUGAAAUGCUUCAGUUGUGUUAUGUUUGUGUAUUUGUGUUUUUAAAUGGACUUGAAAAACCAAGUGCCAGUGUUUUGUUUUUGAAUUAUCAGGUGUAUCUCACUUUCACUGGUUUGCUGGCCACCAGUUUCUGGUUGUUUCUCUCCCCCCCCCCCCAAUUCUGGGAGAUUAACAUUAACAGUCUGAAAUAGCCCUUAAAGAAAGGAGUACCAUCCCGAGAACUGCAGGUUGUAUAGUGGCAAAUCCUGUGCAGCCAGAAUAUUUGCGAUGCACUGUGAAAGGAUGAGCCAAGUAGGUAUCUUCUCCUUUCCUCGUUUUGGGGAGGGGGUUUCAGAAUAUGACCAAGAGAGAUGCCCACCUUAACCUUUUGUGGUAUAGGAGAGAGCUGUCAUAUUGACCUGGAUUGUGAUCAGUUUUCAGUGACACCUACAUCGCAGGGCCUGUCUGAUUCCCGCUUCCCGGUGAAAACAGGGAGAAUUAUUUAAAAUCUGUACAUUGGGUUCUUGUGGCUUUCUGGUUUUCCAUUGCUAUGACAAGAGAGUGAGAAUUGGCAGUCCAGUUCAGGGACAAAACACCAUAGAGAAAGGCCUUUCAUGGGGAAACUAAACAGAGGGCGCAUCUCCAGUUGUUGGCUUAAAGAAGCUGAUUUCGCUUUUUGUCUUGUCUUUCUGCACAGUGAAGAUUCUUGCAUAACUGUGAACUGGGCAUUAGUUGGCACUUGGCAACUGGCAAGGCUGGAGCCCCCCUUGCACCCAUUUUUUGCAGGCAAUCUUUCUCCUCAUGUCACCAGCCGAAGUGGUCUUGCCUAGACCAACCAUUGUGGCUGAUCCAGACUGUCGCCUCUUCAUUGUGCUCCUUCCCUGUACCCUUAUUUCCCUCUGCUCCAAACACACACACAAUAAACUUCCUGCCAUUUCCUUAAACAGUCACUUGAGGAUGUCUUAGUAUGUGGCUGGCAGCUUUUUUGUGUCCUCUGUCCUGCAGUCCUUGGCAAGACUGGCCUAGUUUUGGGAGCCUUGAGCCCUGAGCAGCCUCCUUCACCCCUUCAGAGUGCAGAAGUUUGCAGUUUGUUACUAUAAGUUGUCCUGUGUUAACAGUUGGGGCAUAUGCGCCCCUUGAGGUCCUCUGCUGAUUUCCUCCCAGGUACAGUCUCGAUGGGGAAAUUGUAUCUGAAAGGGGCCUUUGUUUCACAUUGCCAAUAAAUGCAUUAAACUCAACCAGAUACUUCUUUUCCUCCACCCAAUCAUUAGCUGCUUGGCUUAAAGGAGAGCCUGUCCAGAUUCAGCCUCCUGCUGCGUCUUUGGCCCCAGUGAAUGCUGCUUCUCCUCUUUCACCACCACCCGUCUGCCCAGUUUUUGUUCUCCGUGGUUGUUGAGCCUCAUCUAAACACAUAACUGCAGAUACUGGCAGGGAUGUGGAAUAAUCCCUGGUCUUGGAAGCCGGGUGUCCCAUUGCACUGCCAUCCUGCUGUUUACUCCUUCCAUCUGCCCCUUCUCCCAGCACUAGAGCUUGCUUUAUGGAGCAGGGAAGCAGUGCUGUGUCUUUUCAAUCCCAGCUCUUUCCCAAAGGGUUUGAUUUGAACUCAGCCACAGUUAGGUCAGGCUGGCUUAAUCUCUUCACAGCAGGAAGAUGGGAUGUGAGCUCAGGUACAUGGCCUUGAGUGUGGGUGGCUGCUUUUGUCUUCAUACCAUUCGUGCGUUAUGAUCCUGCAUAUUUAACUUCCUUUUUGACAGCUGCUUAUUUCUGGGCCCAUUUGGGGCUGACAGAUAAACAGAACUACUAGCAUGUCAUGAAGGCAGCCUGAUUCCUUUAGAAUUGCAGGAUUCCAUCCUAGGCAGGGCAUCUUAUGUCCUCUGAGGGUCAAAGCAGGGUGAAGUGCAGGUUUAACCUCUCCCAGAACAAGGCCAGAGUUUAAGAAAAACUGCAGCUAGUACAGGGUUCAAGCAAAAUGGUGCCACAGGAGAAGAGGACCAUGCAGCAAGUCCUCUGCCUGCCAGGUAACUCAUUGAUAGCGUUGGCCUUCCCCAACUUAUUGCCCUCCCCCCAGAUGUUUUGGAGCCCCACUCCCAUCAGACCCAGCAUCCUACGACUGUACUGGCUGAGGCUGAUGGAAGUGGGAGUCCAGAACAUUUGGAGGGCAACAGUUUAGGGCCAAGUUCCCACUACCCAGUAGGAACUUACAAACCCACUUUCAUCCCCUUUUCUCUCCAGCCCUGGACCUUCUUGCCUUGAGGACACUGAUGGGUACUAACCGCCUCCCUGAAUGUGUCUGUGUUCCCAUCUGUUUCAUUAAGAGGGAAAGAUGCCAUUUGAUGUAAGGCAGGACUUGAAAUGUAUGCAGUGUGGUUGAGCAGGAUUUGGUGGUGAGGUCAGAAAUCGGUCCUUGCUACAAGAGAACUUGCACGCAGCGAGGAAAUGAUGUGAUUUUGUUUCUCUCCCCUAUAUUCUUGAAGGUUCUCAAAGGCGAUAGAGUACUGGCUGAUUCAAAAGCUCUCCCACUAGAAAAAGAUUCAGUGAGAGGGCUAAGAUUGUCUUGAGAGUCCCAUGCUUGGGAUAUGAAAAAUGAUCUGGUCACUUUCCCAACAAAGACACCCUCGGCUCCAGUGGCUGUGCAAUGAAAAGUUUGGGUUUGCCGAAUGCUGCCCUUGCUUCGGGAGAUCUGAGAAAGAGCUCCUCUGAUAAGCUUGCUCUUUUUGAAUUAAGUUGCAAUAAGACAACUUGGGCGCUUUCUUCCUUUCCUAAUGUUUGGCAUCUAAGAGGUAGCAGUGAGUUGCGCUAUUUUAUUUUAUUUUUAUUUUGGAGGACGUUGCAGGUGGAAACCGAAGGAAUGCCAAAGUUGAAUCUUAUGUCUCUCCAUCUUUUUUGUGCCUUCUUUAUUUUUCAGGUAGUGAAAUGACAACAGGUUCUGCUUGUAAUGAAGCUUCUGUUCUAAGGAACUUCUGUUUCCUCUUUUUCAAACAGACAAAUGUGUGUGGGAUGGGUGGGAAAGCAGUCUCCUGUGAACCAGACAUUCCUCAUUUACAAAUGCAAAAACCCAGGGGAAGUUCGGCCUCUGUGCAUCUUACUCCAUGCAUUGUCAGGAAAUGCUGGUGAGCUAGGGAGAGCUUCCAUUCUUACUGUUCAAGUUUAGUUGUGCUUCAGAAAAGGCAAACUGGCAGAUGCCACAAAGCACAUCUAAACCUGAACUGUAGAAUGGAAGCUUAAUUCCUCAGCAGUUCCAAAUGUCUUCUCAGUAGAACCCUCUGGACCAGCCUUCGCCAACCUGGUGCACUUCAGACACGUUGAAAUGCAUCUUGCAUCAGUCCCCAAUGGGAACUUGUGCUCCAAAACAUCUGAUGGGCACCAGUUAGCAAAAGUUACCAUAAUAUAAUCCCUAACUAUUGGGCAAUCUGGUUGGGACUGAUGGGAGUUACAGUUCAGAACACCUAGAAGGCAUCACUUUGGGAAAGGCUGAUCUGAACAGUCAUUGAUCGAGACUAUCCCGAUCUACAGCCGGGACUUGGCAUCAGUUCAGAGCAUGCAUAUUUAUAUUCAGUGCCUGUCAAUGGUUGGGCUUUCAGAAUUGUUCUACCCCUAUGUUGGAUUCUUGUAUUGCAGGUACUGGGUUAGAGCAAAAUGGUAGAAGAGAAGCAUGGGGCCAGCCUUCUGCCUCCCAGGUGAUUUGAUGUUAAUGCCCAGUUCUACAAGGCACUGGGAUUUGCUAGCACUCCAUGCUGUGACAGUAGGCAAGACUUCCUCCCCAGCACCUUGCAUUGUCUUAGCACUAAUACAUGCCCUCCUGGCAGGUAGAGCAGGUUGGCGCAAAUGCCCUUACCUGUGCUGGGACACAGCUAUGAGAGUUUGCUGUUUUGUGAGGCAGUUUCAGACUCCUCCUUAUAGGCACCAUCUCUUUCAGCAUGUUGGGAGCAUGUUGUUCCCAUAUCAUCCUGAGAUCACGGUGCAGUCAUAUGAUUGGAUUGAAACAGAAUCCUCUUUAAGUGCACCAUGAAUCAAAGCAUCCAGAAAAUGAGAUGAAGCUGUUGGAUCAGGCAGCCUGGCUUUAUAUACGCUGAAGAGAAAACGAGGGUCAGGACUUGGGAAAGAAACCAGUCGCAAAAGUGUUAGGGCAGAUCCACACCUGUACAUUUGAAGCACAUGACUUCCUCUAAAGGGUCCUGAGAACUAGUUUCCCCCUCUCACAGAGCUACAAGUCCCAGCGCCUUUAAAGUCAUGUGCUUUAAAUAUGCAUUGGAGGUCCUUUAAAUGUAUGAUAUGCAUCUGUUCUUGGUCUCCAAGACAUCCACAAGAGUAAAACCAACUGUGAGCCUCUGAGCCUAAGCUUUUCCAAGGAUAGCGUUGGAUGCAGAUUAAAACAUUGCUUCUUUCUUCAGUAAUGACUGUUCAACAUAAGCUUGCAGGGUCAAAAUACUGUCUGAACUUGCAAAUGUUCUCUCCCCCAAACCCAAUCGGGAACAAGAGGAAGUUUUAGUCAAUAGACUAUUGUCUUGGGGUCUGGCACUUCCUGAUCUUAGCUUAAGGAAGAAGGAGAGUGUGUUUAAAGGCCACUGGAACUCAUGACCAUUGCAGCAGCAGCACCAAAACAUUUUCAUCAUGAUCGCAACUGCUGGCAUUAGCAUAGAGCAGUCUUCACCAACCUGGUGCCCUUCAGAUAUUUGGGGCUAUAUUCCCCAUGAGCACAGCUGUGCUAGCUUGAAGCCGAUGGGAGUUUUAGUCUGAAAAUCUGGAGGGCACCAGGUUGGGUAAGCUGUUGUAGAAAGGAUCUCUGCCAGAGCUGGGGAGAUACUUAUAGUUAAACAUUAGAGAAAUGGUUUUGAAGAGGUAAGAUUAUUUUAUGGGGUGUUGCGUAUGCCUUGUCCGUUUGGAAAGGGCCAGUGUUGAUCAAAUGCUCCCCCCCCCCUUAAUUACUGUCCCUUCUUCCCCCCGCCUUGGGCAGAUGCUUUAUUCUAACAAACUGAAGUGCUUUCCACCCUCCCAUGGAUGCUUUUAUGUUCUGGUACCUUGACUAUCUCGCAAAAGAUCUCUCUCUUGAGGAGGAAAUCGUGGGUGUGUCAGUGUUGUCUGCAAUUAAGGAAAGGUUUUACAGAAACGGUCUGCCUGCAGCCUGUUCCCUUAGAGGCUGACUGCUUUGUAUGGGUCUAGAAACACAGAAAAUCUCAGACCGGGAAUUCUUAAGGCAUCCUUAACCGCAGCCUCUUUCCAGAACUCCUGGGGCAAGUUGCCCCAGUCCUUGAGGUUCAUCACCCGCUCCCCCACAAAGCUUCCUGACUGCCCAGGGAAACCUGGUGUCUGAAGGACUGAGUGAUGGGAAGGGAGAAAAGCAGGAAAGAAGACUAAUAGUCUGUAGGGCCAGCUGGGGAGGCUUUAAAAGGCUAUGCAUGCCUUCUUUCACUGGAAAAAACUUGUGUCUGAAAAAACGAAUAACUUGUGUCAUGAGUGCAGUGAAGAUCCAGGAGUAGGUUAGUGGCCUCUGACAGGGACUAUUUUUGUCCUUCUUUAUUAAACACAUCCUGGAAUGCUCCUGUGCCUUUCACAUUUACAUGGGGUGAUCUUUGGGGUGCCUUUAGGGAGUGCUUUCUGUUACUCCAGAGGAAAGGCCAUUUUCCUCCCUCCCCACUUUACUUCCUAAGCAGGUAGGGUCAAAGUUAGACGCCUGUCCUGUCCAUCAGUUGUUCAGCAAGAUUAUACUCUUUAUCACUGUUAAAGCAGGUGGGAACUUUGAACUCCUGCAGUUUUCAGAUGAUUGAGGCCCAUCUUGCUUUACCAUGCUGGGAUCCUAUUAAUCUCUCCCACAACACACAUGAAGCUUGGAUCUGUGCCUCUGCUUACUUAUGAGGCAUUGAUGUGCUUUCGGGCAGCUGAUCCCCUGGGCUCUUAGGACAAGCCAGAUGUAAGCUUGAAGGUUACAAGCCUAAGAUUUAUGGAAUCAGUUUCUGUACUGGUAGUUCUGUAACUUCAAAGUUAAUUCCUGAUUUUGAAGGAGGGUUGUCUUUAACCAUCUCUUGCUUUCUAUGUCUAAUCAUCUGCAGCUUUUCUUAUUGGUGUAUGUUUUGUUUUUGAAUAACUUUGGGCAAAGGGUAAAAAGCACAGGUGUGUGUGUGUGUGUGAUUGUACUGGCUUUGCAAAAGGACUACCCCCCAAAAAAAUUCCUGGGGAAGUGGAACAGGUAUGAGUGAAUUAUUCUUGCUUUAUUUCUCUUCUCCCCAUUUUCACCCCUGAUACAUUUAGCUGGUUGGGUUUUUUUUUAACAAAUAAAAUUUUCUUGGGUUUACUUUUCUUUCUCCCAGGAUGUCUGGUUUGAGGGAAAAUGUUCAGAAAUCUACUGGCUGGCAGUUUUAACCAGCAGUGUGUUUAAAAAUAAAUAAAAACAAAAUUAUAUUGUCACUCAAA